AUAUAUUAAGAGACAGAGAGAGAGAGAGAGAGAGACAGAGAGAGAGAGAGAGCAGGUUGAAGGUUGAACAACGUAGCUGGGAUCUGCUAAUAUCCUCGAGAACCAUCGUUUCUGCUUCUUCGGAUUCUUCUUUCAGCCGUUUCUUCGUCAGAUUUCUUUUGAUAUUUUAAUUUCCCUUCUCGUCUGCUUGAAAGAAUGAGGAUUUGGAAAUGGGCUUUUGUUGGUAUUCUUUUAUGUGCGGCCACUGUAUCGAGUAUUGGUGCUGUGAAGUUGGGAAGGAGUCAACCCACUGAAAGGAUUUCAGGUAGUGCUGGUGAUGUUUUGGAAGAUGAUCCUGUUGGAAGACUAAAAGUUUUUGUUUAUGAACUUCCAAGCAAAUAUAAUAAGAAGAUUCUACAAAAGGAUUCAAGAUGUCUCACCCACAUGUUUGCUGCUGAGAUCUUUAUGCAUCGGUUCCUCUUAUCUAGUCCUGUUCGAACUCUCAAUCCCGAGGAAGCUGAUUGGUUUUAUACUCCUGUAUACACCACUUGUGACUUGACACCAAAUGGCCUCCCUUUGCCUUUCAAAUCACCAAGAAUGAUGAGAAGUGCAAUCCAGCUUAUUUCUUCGAACUGGCCAUAUUGGAAUCGGACUGAAGGAGCUGAUCACUUUUUUGUAGUACCACAUGACUUUGGAGCAUGCUUCCAUUAUCAAGAAGAGAAGGCCAUUGAAAGAGGAAUUCUUCCCUUGCUCCAACGCGCUACCUUGGUUCAAACUUUUGGACAGCGGAAUCACGUUUGCUUAAAAGAUGGUUCAAUCACAAUUCCUCCAUAUGCACCUCCACAGAAAAUGCAAGCCCACCUGAUUCCUGAGAAAACUCCUAGAUCCAUCUUUGUAUACUUCAGAGGAUUGUUUUAUGAUGUGGGAAACGACCCAGAAGGUGGCUAUUAUGCAAGAGGCGCACGAGCAGCAGUGUGGGAGAACUUUAAGGACAACCCACUUUUUGACAUAUCCACAGAGCACCCAUCAACAUACUAUGAAGACAUGCAACGGGCUGUAUUUUGUUUGUGUCCACUUGGCUGGGCUCCAUGGAGUCCAAGAUUGGUUGAAGCUGUCAUAUUUGGUUGCAUUCCUGUUAUCAUAGCAGAUGACAUUGUUUUGCCUUUUGCGGAUGCAAUCCCAUGGGAACAAAUUGGGGUGUUUGUAGAUGAGAAAGAUGUGCCCAACUUAGAUGCCAUUCUCACCUCAAUCCCACCUGAAGUAAUACUGAGGAAGCAGAGAUUGCUUGCAAACCCCUCAAUGAAACAGGCAAUGCUAUUCCCACAGCCUGUCCAACCAGGAGAUGCUUUUCAUCAAGUUUUGAAUGGACUUGCACGUAAAUUGCCACAUGACAGAAGUAUUUACUUGAAGCCAGGUGAGAAGAUCUUGAACUGGACUGCAGGUCCUGUUGGUGACCUGAAACCGUGGUAGCAGCUAUAACAUCAGGUUUCUUGAAGAAAUUCUGAGCAGUCAUUCCCUUGGUGCUGCCCAUAGAGCUUAUACAAAGUGUAAAUCUUGAUUCUGUGACGAUACGUUGGAUAAUGCAAAAGUAUUGUUUGGCAGGGUUCGGGGCAUUACUAGAAGUUGUGGGUUGUAAUAUUUUGUUUUAUGUAAAGGAACUUCUCGUCAGGGCUAAUUCUCUCUGAUUACUUCAUUUAGUUACCUCAUUGUAGCUUAUGAUGAUCUUGGACUUAAAAACUUUGAAAGCUUGUCAAGUCUUAUUCUGGUCUCAGAAUUGUCAGACGAAUAUUGAAUC